AACUUGAAAACAUUUUAAUUUUCAACAAAUUAAGUAAACAAAUUUAUUUAUAGGUACUUAGUAGCAUAGAGUGUUGUAAUUGCACACUAUUAUCUCUAAACAUGACUACAAUUACCAAACAGACUUCGGACUGCUCCGAAAAUAAUUUUGCUGUCAUACCAAUAUCGCCAUUUCGAAAACACACAAAAUGGUUCUUUCCAUGGAUCGUUGGAGGAAUAUGGUAGCCGUAAUUACAGGUGCCAGUUCUGGUAUGGGAGCUGAAAUUGCCUUAAAAUUGCUUAGUAAUGGCGUUAUAGUCGCAGGACUAGCUCGUCGCACUGAAAAAAUUCGGGAGUUAAGUGACAAUAAAAAUUUGCACGCCAUCCAAUGCGACGUUACUAAGGAGGUGGAUGUACUGAAAACGUUCAAGUGGAUUAGUGACAAUUUGGGCCCGAUUCAUAUUUUGGUCAACAACGCCGGCAUUGGAAGAAUUACGAACCUCAUCGAUGGUAACACGGAAAUGUGGAAAGAAGUUUUUGACACCAACGUCAUGGGGUUGUGCAUUGCAACCAGGGAGGCUGUGAAGGACAUGCGGGCACACAAAGUAGAUGGUCACAUAGUGCACAUCAACAGCAUUUGUGGGCACAAGGUGUGUCCUGUGCCAAACACAAACGUGCUCCCCGCGUCGAAAUUCGCAGUGACUGCCCUAACCGAAACCUUAAGACAAGAGUUAAACUCCAUUGGGAGCAAAAUCAAAAUUUCGAGCGUCAGUCCAGGAAUUACCAAAAGUGAUGCUGUCAACGCGGCUUAUAUGGCAAGCGGACAGGAAUCCGCUCAGGAUUUUAACGAAUGGUUGAAGAAUACUCCUUUUUUACAACCCUCUGAUGUGGCGGACGCAGUUGUGUACGUUUUAUCUACACCCCCUCACGUGCAGAUUCACGAGCUUAUCAUUAAACCAGUAGGCGAAAUCGUUUAAACAAUUAUAGUAACAGUAAAGCAAAUUUUAUUGACCAAAUAAAUGUACGAAGGAGGAA